AUAAAUAAUAUUAGUAAUAUUUAUUACGUAUUAGUACGUAAUACGUAUUACAGUAUUACACGUAUCUAUUUUUCUGUUCGUCUGUCGUGUUUGUGUACUGUAUACUUGACACCUAUGUCACAAUGCCAAAACAAUAAUAAUUAGAAUUGUAACUCUUUAUUCUUCAAUCCAAUUUGCAACUCACAUCACUCGCACUCUCAGUCAUUGGCCAUUGCUUGUCGUCUAGCUACACUUGACCAUCAAACAAGUUAAUUAUCGAAUAUUGUCAUCAGAUUUAAUAAAUUACAUUACGCAAGAUGGCUUUAACAAAAGGUGUUUUUAUUGUGGCGGCUAAGAGAACUCCUUUUGGUACGUAUGGAGGUAAGUUUGUGAAAACUUCAUCUACUGAACUACAAAUAGUAGCUGCUAAAGCUGCACUUACAGCUGGUAAUGUAGACCCAAAAAUUGUUGAUUCGGUUGUCAUUGGAAAUGUUCUAAUGAACUCGUCUUCAGAUGGUGCAUUUUUACCCAGACAUGUACUACUUCAUUGUGGAAUUCCACAAGAUCGCCAUGCAUUAGGUAUUAACAGAUUAUGUGGAUCUGGAUUCCAGUCCAUUGUUAAUGGAGCACAGAGUAUCAUGUGUGGUGAGUCUAAUGUUGUAUUGACUGGAGGAGUAGACAGCAUGAGUCAGUCUCCACACGUUGUUCGUAAUGCUCGUUUCGGUAUACCUCUUGGAGCAGCUUAUGUUUUUGAAGACAGUCUUUGGACUGGAUUAACUGAUACAUAUUGUCAAUUACCAAUGGCAUUGACAGCAGAAAAAUUAGCUGAAGAAUAUAAAAUUACAAGACAAGGAGUAGAUGAAUUUGCUUUGCGUUCACAAACUUUAUGGAAAAAAGCCCAAGAUAACAAUGUAUUCAGUGCUGAAUUAGCUCCAGUAACCAUAAAAGUGAAAAAAUCAGAUGUAGUUGUUGAUGUUGACGAACAUCCAAAGCCAAAGACAACUCUUGAAACAUUAGGAAAAUUACCUACUGUUUUUAAAAAGAAUGGAGUUGUAACUGCUGGUUCAGCAUCUGGUAUAUGUGAUGGUGCAGGAGCUGUCGUAUUGGCUAGUGAGGAAGCAUUGAAAAAACAUUCUCUGACUCCGCUGGCAAGAUUAGUUGGUUACUCAGUAGUAGGUGUUGAUCCAAGCAUAAUGGGUAUUGGUCCAGCUCCAUCAAUUUCAAAACUAUUGAGCAUUACUGGAAAAUCCCUUAAUGAUAUUGACUUGGUUGAGAUUAAUGAAGCAUUUGGAGCUCAAACUCUUGCUUGCCAAAAAGAAUUAAAACUUGACAUUGAAAAACUUAAUGUUAAUGGUGGUGCUAUUGCAAUUGGACAUCCAUUGGCAGCAUCAGGAGCCAGAAUUACUAGUCAUCUUGUCCAUGAACUCAGGCGUAAAAAUCUUAAGUAUGGAAUUGGUUCUGCCUGUAUUGGAGGAGGUCAAGGUAUUGCUCUCUUGGUUGAGAAAGUAUAACAAUAUGUACGUUAUCAUUUUAAAUAAGACUGGUUUUGGGAUUGUUUUAUUUACAAGAAUUUCUUACUUUGAUCAAUUGUA